AUAAGUAAACACCGAACACUUGGAUCUUUAUUGACAAAAAUGGCUCUCUUUAUUUGCUUCUUAUCCCUUCUUCUCUUUUCCUCUGCUACUGCUUGUGAUCGUUGCCUGUACCAAUCCAAGGCUGCUUAUUUCUCCAAAGCCAAUGCACUUUCAUCUGGAGCUUGUGGAUAUGGUUCCUUGGCAUUAGGCUUAAGUGGUGGCCACCUUGCGGCUGGUGUUUCCUCUCUUUACAAAGAUGGAGCUGGUUGUGGUGCCUGCUUUCAGAUAAGGUGCAAUAAUUCAACACUAUGUAGUAGUAAAGGGACAAGCGUGACAAUAACUGAUAUCAAUCACAAUAAUCAAACAGGUUUUGUGCUUAGCACAAGAGCUUUCAUGGCCAUGGCUAACCAUGGUAUGGGCCAACACAUAUUGAAACUUGGAACUGUAGAGGUUGAAUAUAAAAGGAUACCUUGUGAAUAUAAAAACCAAAACUUAGCUGUUAGAGUUGAAGAAUCAAGCCAAAAACCAAAUUAUUUGGCAAUUAAAUUGCUGUACCAGGGAGGCCAAACAGAGAUUGUAGCCAUUGAUGUAGCUCAGGUUAAAGUCAAAUUUCAAAGAUUGUUUAUAAUUUUCAAGGUUGGUUCUUCAAAUUGGAAUUUCAUGAAAAGAAACCAUGGGGCAGUGUGGGAUACAAGUAGGGCUCCAAAUGGUGCAUUGCAGUUUAGAUUUGUGGUAACAUCUGGAUAUGAUGGGAAGUGGAUUUGGGCUAAAACUGUGCUUCCAGUUGAUUGGAAAAGUGGAGUUGUUUAUGAUUCCGGGGUUCAAAUCAAUGACAUUGCAAAAGAAGGUUGCUUUCACUGUGAUUACAGCUUUUGGUGAUGAUGACAGAGAUGUUAAUUUUUUGUUUAAGUCUUUGUGUGAAUAGACAUGUUUUAAUAUGGUCAACAUAUAUAGUGAAAUUUGAAUAAUUUAGAAGAUUAUAAAAAAUUUAUGAGUCUUUGACAGCUUUUGUUUUGGUGAAAGAAAGAUUAAUGUAAUAUGUACAAUUCUAAUAUAGAGACGAGAUUAAAUUGGUUUUUAUAUUAUUAAA